AUGUCAUCAAGCAACAACGUAGCAACUACAUCAACUGACCCAAAUGCAAUAAACAAUGUGGCAAUGACUGCGCACGUGCCUCAAAACAAUUUAGGAACAAAUGAAGUGUUACUAGCUACAGCCUUAGUAAAAGUAGCCUCCGGGAAUGGAUCGUACCACAUCUUAAGGGCUCUCAUUGAUCCGGGAUCGCAAGUGUCUUUAAUAAAAGAAAGUACUGCGAAGAAAUUAGGAUUACGUAAAUCUAAGUUCAACGGACUAGUAUGUGGAGUCGGUGAGGUCGAACAAAAUUGUAAAGGUAUGGUCACACUAAACUGUUCCUCAACUCAUAACGACUUUUCGUUCAUUACGGAUGUAUUAAUCAUGAAAAACGUACUGAAAGAUAUUCCACAUAAAUCAUUCGACACACCGAAGUGGUCUUACAUAGACAGUCUCAAAUUAGCUGAUCCUUAUUUUAACAUCAGUCGUCCAGUAGACUUAUUGCUCAGCGCUCAAGUCAUUGGAUUGAUAUUGAUGGGAGGACUAAUCAAAGGAGAAAAUGCAUCGCAACCAGUUUUGCAAGAAACACAGCUUGGUUGGAUCAUUUACGGGGGUGGUCAAAUAGCAUCAUUACAAUGCAACGUUGUCAUGAAUAAUGUUCAGGAUAUCCAACACUUCUGGGAUAUCGAAGAUAUAACCGAAAAGUCGAAUUUAUCUUUAGAAGAUCAAGAAUGUGCCGAUUUCUAUUCAUCAACUACGAAACGUCGAGAAGACGGCAGAUAUAUUGUUAAAUUACCACUAAAAGCAAAAAUUAAUGAAAAAAUCGGCUCGUCUAAAGAGUUGGCAAUAGCUCAAUUUCAAAACCUGGAACGAUCUGCAGGAGCUGAUAUUGAAGUGGCGGCAAUAUCGUUAUGCUUACACUGCAGAUAUCGAGAAAAUGUACCGUCGCUCCGUAACAUGGAUCUGCAGGAGCUGAUAUUUCAAUAUCAGCUCCUGCAGAUCCUGUUGUGGCGGCAAUAUCUUUAUGCUUACACUUCAGAUAUCGAGAAAAUGUACCGUCAAAUAAUGGUGGAUGAAGCAGAUCAGCAAUAUCAGCAAAUAAUCUGGAGGUUUGAGCCCAGCCAACCACUACAAACCUACAAGCUAACUACCGUCACAAAUGGUACAAAGUCAGCACCAUUUUUAGCAAUGAUGACUUCAAAACGCCUAGCUAUGGAUGAACAAAGCACAUAUCCAGAAGCAGCUAAGAUUCUAGAAGAAUCAUUUUACAUGGAUGAUCUGGUCCAUGGUUUUCACUCGAUUACAAAAGGAAAGCAACUUAUCGAAGAUCUCAACCGAUUAUUAAAAUCCGGAGGUUUUACUUUGAGAAAAUGGUCCGCAAAUCAUCCAGAACUUCUAGAAAAUAUAAAGCAGAACAGCAGCAAUAGUGAAAUUAUAUUCAACUUCAAAUCAGAAAGUUGGAACUAUGUGGAGCAUAUUUGCUAG